GUGUCAUCGCAGAGUACCGUGGUUUUCCAAACAGCUCUACAACUGUCAGUGGGCUGACAGGAUUUAGUUUGAAUAGCCGUUUUAUGAGCUCAGCCGUGUUAUGAGCUCAGCUGAACGGUUACCGGAAUAACUGUCUAUAGAAAGCACUUUUCCAAUCUGCUCCAGACACUGGCGCUUCAUUUUCUGUCCUACCAUCGGCAGUCUAUGGGAACCUGCUAAUACAGCUGGCGUCUAGUCUGUGUGUAGAGUGGGAAAAAAAGGAAAGGAGCAAUCAGAAGAAAAUCUGUCCUGCUUCCUCACCGCAAAAUUCAGUGUUAGAAGUUUGCAAAGGGACAACUAAACAAACCUGAUGCAUUUUUUUGCAAAGGUAGAGGGAUGGCACUGUCCUUUCUUCUCUUCACCGCCGUGUUGCCCUUACUCAGCGUGUCUGCGUAUAAUAGAUCUGCUGGUUGUGCUAUCAUCCGUCCUCCCAGAGAUGGAGGGAUAAGGUACAGAGGUCUGACUCAAGAGCAGAUCCGCAGUGUGCAGGUGCUCCCAGUGGACUAUGAGAUAGAGUACAUCUGCAGGGGCAACAGGGUGAUCGUGGGACCCAAGGUCAGGAAAUGUUUACCCAACGGCACUUGGACUGAUCUGAGCCAGCGCAGCAGAUGCUUGUUGUUGUGUCCUCGGGUGUGGACAUCAUUGGAAAAUGGCCGGGUGUCUUCUUGGCCCCUGGGGGCCCCAGUGGAGGGGACAGUUCUGUACUACAGUUGUCUGCCUGGCUUCAUCCUCAUGGGCCGAAACUCAACACAAUGCAAUAAGAUGGGCAAGUGGGACACGCCCAAACCUGUGUGCCACUAUGAUCGGCACUACAAAGGAGCUGCCCUCAGAUUCAGACCUCAGUGCCAUCGAGAGGUAACACUGAAGACUCAUCCCAUGUGUAGUACUUGUCCAUAGUUAAUGCAAUUCUUUGUCUUAAUAUUGGAGUAUACAGUAUUUCUGUAGUAAUUUGUAAAUGAACAACUGAUUAAAAAAAAGUACAGUCUAAAAUUCUACACUAUGUAUUGCCAGUGAAAUCUGCAAUUGUUUUAGUAAGAAAGUAAUAGGAUACACUUGUCACACAUCAUGUCAAUAUUGAUUGAAUAAUAAUGAAAUUGUAAUUGGCUUCUCAAACUGUAACUCAGUUUGGUGUUAAAGAAUAAGUUUAAGAGCUGUUUAUUUAAGACAAAAACAGCUUCUAUUUUCAACACUGACUAUUGUCAAC